AAAUCCAUUCAGUUUACCACCAUUGAGUUCUAUUAAACAAAACAUUAUCAUUUCAUAAGAUUAUAAAAAUAUAACUUCAUUUUAUGUGGUUUCAAAAGUGUGGUUUUUGAACAAUACUACCCGUAUGUUUAAUUUGUAGUUUAUUAAACACAAAUUGUUAGACCAGCACAAAUUAUCAGUUUAAAUUUAUAUUAAAAUAACUUAGUAUGUGUUCAAUACUUAUAACAGGCGCAAAUCGAGGAAUAGGUUUAGGACUAGUGAAAAACUUACUCGUACAUCAACAACCUAAAAUUCAACACAUUUUUGCGACAUGCAGAGACAAGGGAAAAGCUAAGGAAUUGAUGGAAUUAACAACUAACAGUAAACUUCAUGUAUUCGAAGCAGAUUUAAUUGACCAUGGAUCAUUUUUUAAUUUGGCGUCACAAGUAUCAAAUGUUGUCAAAGAUAAAGGUUUGAAUGUUCUAAUUAAUAAUGCUGGCAUAUCAUCUAAAUUCACAAGAAUUGGUUUAGUAAAAUCUGAAGAUUUAUUAAAUCAUUUUAAAGUCAACACUAUUGGUCCUAUCAUGCUCACACAAGCUUUUGUCCCACUUCUAAAAACUGCAUCAAAAACAAAUAGCAACUCAGUUGGAAAGUCUAGUGCUGUUAUUUUAAACAUUAGCUCAAUCAUGAGUUCUAUCACACUUAAUAACCAAGGAGGAUUUUAUCCAUAUAGAACAAGCAAAGUUGCCUUAAAUGCAGCUACAAAAUCAUUAAGUAUAGAUCUUAAAAAUGAUGGAAUCAUUGCUGUAAAUCUUCAUCCUGGUUGGGUAAAAACAUCAAUGGGUGGAGCAAAUGCUCCACUUUCAAUUGAAGAAUCCGUAGCUGGAAUUUGCAAAUUAUUAACUGAAAUAAAUCAGUCUUAUAAUGGUGGAUUAUAUGAUUACCAAGGAAAGCAACUUCCCUGGUGAUACAUAAUAUAUACAAAUUUUAUAUAAUUUUUAAUAUGUAUAAAACUAUUAAAUGAAAUUAGAUUACUUAAGUAAAUUUUUUUUACUAUUUAAAAAAUGUCAAAUUGUUUUUUAAAAUUUUUGACAUAUGUAUUGUUAGUACAUUAUACUAAAUAAUUGUAUUUGAACUUAUACCUAACUAUUUGAAGAAAAUAAAUUUUUUUUUUUUAACAAU